AUGAAAUGGUUAUGGAGACCCGAAUUGAAUCCAGAGCGUCCGGUUCGAGAGGAAAAUUAUCGCUGUUUUUGCGCGUUUCUGACGGCAAAGGUUGGCUGUGCUUUAUUCAUUCUCCUCGAUAUUUUCAUUAUCGGAGUUUGGAGUACUUUACUAUACUUCCUACCUCAAUAUUUUUACUUUUGGGCAAUUGGUAUCGCGAAUUCAAUCUUUUUUAUCACCCUUGCUCUUUUCGCUCUCUACAAACAAACACCUGUUUUGAUUCAAGUUUAUUGGAUUCUAUUUUUAUUUGAGUUAAUUGUUUUUUCGAUAUUGUUUACUGUCUUGAACCUGGUGGCAAAUGGGGCAGUGAUCAGG